CCCCCGGCUCUUCCCCCGCUGAGCAACGGGGAACCUAAGUGGAAAGACACAGGUGGCAGGUGGACAGGCGCGGGGCCCCGAGGCUCACAGGCUGCUGACCCUGGAGGGCCCGGGCUCGGGCACACCCUCCCAGGCCGAGGACCAUGUGGCCGAGGUCACCGGCAGCCACCCCUGCCCCGUCCUGGAGCUGCCUCCAGCCUGGCCCCUGGGCUGUGGGGCCGAAGAGGUGCCAGCCUUCUGCUUCGUCUGCCUCCGCCGCGGGGAGGAGGAAGAACCCCUGCAGAGGGAGAAGAUGAGCGUGGGCUGCCCAGAGCCGGAGCCACCCCGCUCCCUGCCGUGCUGUGGGCCCGGGGCCGCCCCUGGGCUGGGUGCAGGGGUGCCCCUGCUCACGGAGGACAUGCAGGCCCUCACUCUGCGCACACUGGCUGCCAGUGAUGUCACCAAACACUACGAACUCGUGCGGGAGCUGGGCAAGGGCACCUAUGGGAAGGUCGACCUGGUGGCCUACAAGGGGACAGGCAUGAAAAUGGCACUGAAGUUCGUGAACAAGAGCAAGACCAAGCUGAAGAACUUCCUGCGGGAGGUGAGCGUCACCAACAGCCUCUCGUCCAGCCCUUUCAUCAUCAAGGUCUUCGAUGUGGUGUUUGAGACGGAGGACUGCUACGUGUUCGCUCAGGAGUACGCGCCGGCUGGGGACCUGUUUGACAUCAUCCCUCCUCAGGUGGGGCUCCCCGAGGACACGGUGAAGCGCUGCGUGCAGCAGCUGGGCCUGGCGCUGGACUUCAUGCACGGGCGGCAGCUGGUGCACCGCGACAUCAAGCCCGAGAACGUGCUGCUGUUCGACCGCGAGUGCCGGCGCGUGAAGCUGGCCGACUUCGGCAUGACGCGCCGCGUGGGCUGCCGCGUGAAGCGCGUGAGCGGCACCAUCCCCUACACGGCGCCCGAGGUGUGCCAGGCGGGCCGCGCCGACGGCUUCGCCGUGGACACGGGCGUGGACGUGUGGGCCUUCGGCGUGCUCAUCUUCUGCGUGCUCACCGGCAACUUCCCGUGGGAGGCGGCGUCGGGCGCCGACGCCUUCUUCGAGGAGUUCGUGCGCUGGCAGCGCGGCCGCCUGCCCGGGCUGCCGUCGCAGUGGCGCCGCUUCACGGAGCCCGCGCUGCGCAUGUUCCAGCGGCUGCUGGCGCUCGAACCCGAGCGGCGCGGGCCGGCCAAGGAGGUGUUCCGCUUCCUGCGGCACGAGCUCACGUCCGAGCUGCGCCGCCGGCCGUCGCACCGCGCGCGCAAGCCCCCCGGGGACCGCCUGCCGGCCGGGCCGCUGCGCCUCGAGGCGCCCGGGCCGCUCAAGCGGACGGUGCUGACCGAGAGCGGCGGCGGCGGCGGCCCCCGGCCCGCGCCCCCCGCCGUCGGGCCGGUGCCCGUGCCCGUGCCCGUGCCGGUGCCCGACGCCGGCCUGGCGCCCCCGGGGCCCGCCGGCAGGACGGACGGGCGCCCGGACAAGAGCAAAGGGCAGGUGGUGCUGGCCACGGCCAUCGAGAUCUGCGUGUGAGCCGGGGCGCCCGGCACG